CUACAUUUAAAAAGGAUCAAACCUUUUCAUGAACAGAUCCAAGAAAUUAAAUUUAACAUAGUCCGAGAAGGACCCACUUCUCAUUCUUUUAAGUCAUUUUGAUUGAAAGGGAUCAAACUUUGUUCCAUAAUUUCACAACAGACAUAUAUAUAACUAAUGGGUUUUUCUACAUCCACCAUUUCAUUUCUUCUUGUUCUUGGGUUGGUUCAGUUUCCAGUUUCAGGGCACGACUAUAAACAAGCUCUGAGCAAGAGCAUUCUCUUCUUUGAAGCUCAGAGAUCAGGACACCUCCCUCCAAACCAGAGAGUUUCAUGGCGAUCUCACUCCGGUCUUAACGACGGCAAAUCCAGCGGCGUGGAUUUAGUGGGAGGAUAUUAUGACGCCGGAGACAAUGUGAAAUUUGGGCUUCCAAUGGCUUUCACGGUGACGACAAUGUGUUGGAGCAUCAUCGAAUACGGUGGCCAGCUUGAAUCUAACGGUGAACUUGGCAAUGCUAUUGACGCCGUUAAGUGGGGAACUGAUUAUUUCAUUAAAGCUCACCCUGAACCUAACGUCCUCUACGGAGAGGUGGGAGAUGGUAAGUCGGAUCAUUACUGUUGGCAAAGGCCAGAGGAAAUGACCACUGACCGUAGGGCGUACAAGAUUGACCGGAACAAUCCUGGUUCUGAUCUCGCCGGAGAGACCGCUGCCGCAAUGGCUGCCGCUUCCAUCGUUUUCCGUCGCUCUGAUCCAUCUUACUCUGCCGAGCUACUCCGUCACGCUCGUGAGCUAUUUGAAUUUGCGGACAAAUAUAGGGGAAAGUACGACAGCAGCAUCACGGUGGCACAGAAGUACUAUGGCUCAGUCAGCGGUUACAAUGAUGAAUUACUGUGGGCUGCUGCGUGGUUAUACCAAGCAACAAAUGAUAAAUAUUAUUUGGACUACCUCGGCAAGAACGGCGACUCAAUGGGCGGUACGGGCUGGUCGAUGAGGGAGUUUGGUUGGGAUGUUAAAUACGCCGGUGUCCAGACCCUUGUUGCUAAGAUUUUAAUGCAAGGGAAAGCUGGAGAACACACAGCUGUGUUCGAGAGGUACCAAGAGAAAGCAGAACAGUUUAUGUGUUCAAUGUUAGGUAAAAGUACAAAGAACAUUCAGAAAACUCCCGACGGUUUGAUUUUCCGGCAACGGUGGAACAACAUGCAGUUUGUCACUAGUGCUUCUUUCUUGGCCGCCGUUUACUCUGAUUAUCUCUCUUCCUCCAAAAAAAAUCUCCGUUGUUCUCAAGGAAACAUAUCGCCAUCCCAACUUCUUGGUUUCUCUAAAUCACAGGUGGAUUACAUCCUCGGAGACAACCCUCGAGGGACGAGCUACAUGGUAGGAUACGGACAUAACUAUCCUCGGCAAGUUCAUCAUCGUGGUUCGUCUAUUGUCUCCUUUAAAGUCGAUCAAAAGUUCGUGACUUGCCGUGGUGGUUACGCCACGUGGUACAGCCGAAAAGCAAGCGACCCAAACGUCUUAACCGGAGCCCUCGUGGGUGGACCAGACGCCUACGACAAUUUCGCUGACAACCGGGACAAUUACGAGCAAACCGAACCGACAACUUACAACAAUGCACCUCUUCUUGGUGUAUUAGCACGGUUGAUUUCCGGUCCGACCGGUUUUGACCAGCUACUUCCUGGUGUUAGUCCGACUCCAAGUUCGGUUAUCAUAAGACCAGCACCGGUACCAAAAAGGAAACCGUCAACACCUCCUGCAGCUUCUUCUCCUAGUCCCAUUACCAUAUCCCAGAAGAUGACGAGCUCAUGGAAGAACGAAGGAAAGGUUUAUUACCGAUACUCAACAAAACUAACCAAUAGAUCUACAAAAACAUUAAAAAAUCUGAAGAUAUCAAUCACCAAGCUCUAUGGUCCAAUUUGGGGUGUUACGAAAACCGGAAACUCAUAUGGUUUUCCUUCAUGGAUGAAAUCUUUACCGGCAGGAAAAAGCAUGGAAUUUGUCUAUAUCCACUCAGCCACUCCGGCAAAUGUUUUGGUUUCGAAAUAUUCUUUGGAGUGAGUAGAAAGUGCGAGUGUGAAUCCCGGUUUACUAGCUUGUAAACUUGUUCACCUAAUUUUAAAAAUAUUCGGUUUAGCUAUACCGAGAUUACUUAGAUCUUUGAGAGGAUGAGAAAAGACUAAUUCUCUAGUUUGUACACAGUGAGAUUUGAGACUAGGAAACUAGGGCUACUAUGUUUCUUGUAAUGGAAGAAAUUGUUUUUUCUCUUUUUAGUUUAUUUUAUUUAAGCUCCUUUAAAUUAUCAUAUAUACUCCUUCC